UGACAGUAAACGGAAAUAAUAUUUCCGAUCUAGCUGAUUGUAAUUUUACCACUGAUCAAGACGAUUUAAGUAUAACUAUAGAAUACGUUUGUAUGGGACCGGCAACGCCAUGUCUAAUAGAGAUAUCAUCCAAUGACUCAACAAAGAUAGAUGCUGGGUCGAACCGAGCUGUGUUCACACGGUUUUUGUUUCAAGACACGACAUUUAAAGUCAAAAUAAAAUAUGCACUCUGCAGACUUGACUUAACGUUUAAAAAUAUAACGUGUACUGUCACAAAACGUAAGGCCUUUUCACAUUUCAUGUAUCGAUAA